AUGGCGACAUUCACCGAUCCGCUCGACUCCAUCACCGACCCGAGCGACUGGGCCGACACCAGUUUCCCGAACCUGUCCAAGCUGGACUCGCUUCUGCGCUGCCACAUUUGCAAGGAUUUUCUCAGGGCCCCCGUGCUGACGUCCUGCGACCAUAUAUUCUGCUCUGUGUGUAUCAGACGCAGUUUGGAGAGCGACAAGAAGUGUCCUCUGUGCCACGAGGAGACGUACGAAAGCAAGCUGCGCAAGGUGCUUCUUCUGGACGAGAUUUCCACGUGGUUCACGCGAAACCGGCCAGAACUGCUCGACAAACACAGGCCGACCGCGAAUAACACUCCAGAGCCUGUAGCGGUGCCAGAGCCGGAAAAGCCCGCAGUGCCGCUCAGAUACGAGUCGCGCAAGAAACGCGCGGCGGAGGACCCGCUCGUGGAGUGUCCGGCCGAGCCCGAGCCGGCCGGUGAUUUCCAGUUUUUUCAAGAAAGAGCGCACGCCCCAGACACAGCCAGAGUUCGUGAGAAAGAAGUCCAAAAUCACCAACUUGGACCCGACCAUAUCCACCAACAAGCUCAAGGAAAAGCUCAAUCACUGGAACCUUCCGACAAGCGGGACGCGGCACCAGAUGGAGACCCGCAUGAAGGAGUUCAUCAGCAUGUACAACGCGAACCUGGACUCGGUAAACCCCGUCGACGACCGCGUGUUGAUCAACCGGCUCAUGAAAUGGGAAGGAACGUACUCGCUGAGCAAAACGGCGGGCGACGUCGAGGAGGACGGCGCGCAGUGGCGCAGGAAGUACAAGACGGAGUACGACGAGCUGAUCAAACAGGCCAGGGCCAACAUGAACCGCAUGAAUACCAAAUUAGAUAG